AUGGGGAAUAUGAUCGGGGGCAAGUUCUCGUAUUGCCUCGUGCCCUUUCUUGGGGAGGAGUCGAGGCCGAGCAAGAUGAACUUCGGGGAAAGCGGUAUUGUCUCGGGCGAUGGGAUGGUCUCGACUCCUAUAGCCACGAAAAGUCCGAGCACUUUCUAUUUCUUGACGUUGGAAGGGGUUACAGUCGGGAAAGAAAGAUUGAAUUUGGUUUCGUCUGAUGAUGAUGUUAAGGAAUCCGAGGAGGGGAAUAUAAUCAUAGACUCAGGGACGACGUUGACUUUUCUCCCGAUCCAGCUCUACUCUCGGGUCGUGAGAGCUGUGAAGAGCCAGAUGGCAUUGAAGGAGAUUAGCGACCCUCAGGGGUUGUUGAAGUUGUGCUAUAUGUCGAUGGGGAACGAAAUUUCCGAGGUUCCAGAAAUCACGGUGCACUUCAAAGGGGCCGAUGUGAAAUUGAAAUCCGUAAACAGUUUCGUUAAGACGAGCCAGGUGUCGCUGUGCCUCGCUUUUGCACCGGCGACUAGUUACGCGAUUUACGGCAAUUUGGCCCAGAUGGAUUUCUUGGUGGGGUAUGAUUUGGAGAAGAAGACUGUGUCCUUUAAGCCGAGUGCUUGUAGCAAAGGGUAA